AGUUGAUUUGAAUUUGUAUUGAACUACACAUUAGCAAUAACAUGAAGUGAUCAUUGUGUUGUAAUGCGAACCUGGCGUUUCAAUACGUUAGUACUAACUUGACUUGUAUGUUAUUUGACGGAAUUUAAAUCUCAUGUUCGUAAAUUGAUUUAGCGAUGGCUGAGAAGUGUGAAUCAGACAAAGUUCCAAGCUCUUCACCGAACCUGAUAUGUCCAUUAUGCCUUGAUAUAUUUGUCGAGGCGACAAUCCUGACUUCAUGUGGACACACAUUUUGUAGGCGAUGCCUCAAGAAAUACGACCUAACCCACCAGGACCUUGAUCACAUGGUCUGUCCUCUCUGCAGGGAGAUCACCAAGUUGUCCGCCAACCGUGUCGAUGAUCUCCGCCUCAAUGUCUCCAUCAACGGAUGCGUAGACGAUUAUCACGCCAAGUGUGGAGGGAUGAAUGCUGUCCUUGAGAUGUGCCAGAAAUGCACCGCUUGCAAAUCUCUGAAAGACGCUGUAUCAUUCUGCAGAACAUGUAAUUAUUACAUGUGCGAUGAGUGCUUACAUUGUCAUCAACAUCUUACAGUUGUCUUCAAAGGUCAUGAGAUUGUAUCCCUGGAUGAUGUCAUCGAAGGGAAGGUCAGCAUUGGUCAUUUAUUCGAGAAGUGCUCCAUCCACAAACAAGAGAACAAGGAUAUGUUUUGUGAGGAUUGUAAGGUCCACGUCUGUCACAAGUGCGUACUCGUUGAUCAUCAAUAUCACAAAAUCAAGAACCAGGUUAACUUUGAGCAGGAGUUGCGACAGAAGGUGACAGACCUUGCUCAGCGAUGUGCUGACAAGAAAGCAGAGCUGGAAAAGAACAUUCAGAACACAGAAAUACAACGUCAUGAGGUACACACUGCAGUGCAGACACUACUAGAUAAUGUCAGGCAAGCCUACAGUAUCAAGGCCAAGGAGCUGGAAGACAAUCUUCGAAAUCUCACCGACCAAAUACAUGCCUUACAGCAUAGUUUUGAUGACGACCUCAAUGUCUUGAAGUCAAAAGAUCGCCAGAGGAUCAAGAGUAUUUGUAGUUCAAUUACUUUGGUAGAUAAUGACAGACUGGGUCAUCUUGAGACAGACACUCUAUCUGCUCAUAUCUUGCUCUGUGAGGAGCUGGAUGCCAUGCUGAAGGAGGUUACUGAUCACACUUCUGCGGAAGCUAUUAAGAAGAAAGCACAGGAGAAGAGGUUCAAACCAGCAGAUGAUACUCGUCUUGAACUCGGGAGUAUCUCAGGAUCAGAUCCCAAGAUGGAUGUAAUUCAGUGUGUUGAUCUAUGGGGAGGGAUGCACGGUAUGGCAAGGCACUCCCAUAGCACUGUCGCUAUCUGGUAUGGGAGCAAUGCACAGGAUAUUGAUAUCAUUGAUUCAAAUGGUGGAAAGCAGCAGUAUAGAAACACACCCUUAAGUGACUUGAAAUGUUUUGAUCUGGCGUUGCAACGGGACGGGGCGUUAUGCGUGACCACUGGUAGUACAGAAGCCUACAUCUACUCUCGCCUUGGCUGUAGGAAAGCAACAAUCCACGUGAGAAGCAAUAUAAAUUUUCUACAAGUUAACAAAAGUCCAUCUGAUGAAAUCAUUAUUACUAACUAUGGAAAACAAGUCUGUAUCUAUGACCCGACAGGAUCUACUCUGAAACACACUGUUCAAACAAAGCACUCAACGGGUCAGGCAUCUACUACCAGGACGGGUUUGAUCGUCACGAGUUCAUGUUGGCACAUAUCAAGCGUGGUGACGGUCUAUGACAGGGAUGGGAGUUCUGGUGAGUCUCUACAAGCUCCAGAGGGUGUCUACCUGUAUGCUGCCGUGGAUGAGCAGGACAGGGUGUAUGUAGCGAGUGUUGAUAGGAAGAAUAGUAGCGUCGUGAUCAGGCUCUAUGAUCUUGAUGGUCUGAACCUGAAGGAAAGAGUUGAAUUCAAUGCACUUAAUAUGACAUUAGGUAAUAAUUGGUGUUACUUGGUUUCCCUCUCCCCAGACAUGCUCGCCUUUGCUUGUUACAUGAAGUUAUAUUUCAUCAAGGUAUCACUGUAAUCUACGGUUAUAUCACACCAUGUAGUAUGGAAACUGACAUGCUUUCACCCUGCAACAAUACAAAUUUACUUUAACACGUGUUGAUAUUCAGUUAUACAAGUACAUUACUUUCCACGAUGUCUUCAUCCAAUGACAAAAUCAGUUAAUAUACAAUACAAUUUAAUUCGUGAGAAAUAUGCUGAUUGAAAAAGGAGCAUGUGUCACAGUCAGAAGCUGGAUAAAACAUAUAAACAUAUUUAACAUUUAUUUCGGCAAUACUCGAGCGAUUCAAGUCAUAAGCGGUGUUGGCUCAGUCGGUAACGCGUCUGCCCGUCGAACCAAAGUUCGUGG